AGCUUCAGUAUUACCGUAGCUUUCGAAGCAUCGACAUUCGACAAACAAAACAGUACAAAAGUAAAUCUAACAAAUUGACAUUUUGAUUUAUUUCAAUAGCCGUGUUUAUUAAACAUGAAUUUUGGAUCAAUUCUUUGUCAAAUUCCUCGCAAGUUAAUCAAAAGGAGAUGUAUUCAAGCGUACGUUUCACAACGUUGUUACAGUCCUGGACCUCUGACCCAAUUUACAGACGAUGAACUUAUGAUGAAAGAUACUGUUUCUAAGUUGGCCAAAGAAGAUAUAGCUCCCCUUGUACGGAAAAUGGAAAAAGAAGGACGCAUAGAUGAUAACAUAUUGAAAAAACUGUUUGAAAAUGGCUUAAUGGGAAUGGAAAUUCCAGAAGAAUAUGGGGGUACGGGAGGCAACUUUAUGACGACAAUUCUAACUAUAGAAGAAAUUGCUAAAGUUGAUGGUUCUGUUGCUGCACUUGUUGACAUUCACAAUACGCUGGUCAAUUCAUUGAUUAUUAAAAUGGCAAAUGAAGAACAGAAACAGAAGUAUUUAACCAAGUUAGCUCAGAAUUACGUAGGCAGUUUUUGUCUUACGGAACCGAGUGCAGGAUCUGAUGCUUUUUCUUUGAAAACCGUAGCAAAAAAAGAUGGAAAUGAGUAUGUCAUCAAUGGUACGAAAAUGUGGAUAUCAAAUUCGGAUAUAGCAGAAUUAUUUUUAGUUUUUGCAAAUGCUGAUACUUCAGCGGGUUAUCGAGGUAUUACCACAUUUUUCGUGGAAAGGGAUACACCUGGAGUAACUAUUGGAAAACCUGAAGAUAAAUUAGGAAUCAAAGCAUCGGGAACUUGUAUGAUACAUUUUGAAAAUGUUCGAGUUCCUGAAAGUAACAUUUUAGGCCAAUUUGGACAUGGUUACAAAUAUGCAGCAGGAUUUUUAAAUGAAGGGCGUAUUGGUAUUGGAGCUCAGAUGAUUGGUAUAGCACAAGGUUGCUUAGAUGCAACUAUACCUUAUACUCUAGAAAGGAAACAAUUUGGCAAGGAUAUAUUUUCAUUUCAGUCUAUGCAACAUCAAAUUGCUCAAGUUACAACUGAAUUGGAAAGUGCCAGAUUACUUGUAUACAAUGCAGCCAGAUUAGUAGAUGCCAAAAAAAGUAUUAUGAAAGAGGCAGCAAUGGCGAAACUAGUCGCUUCUGAAACAGCCUUACGUGUAACAGCAAAAUGCAUAGAUUUUAUGGGAGGUGUUGGAUUUACAACAGACUUUCCUCAAGAAAAGUAUUUUAGAGAUUGCAAGAUUGGAACUAUUUAUGAAGGUACCAGUAAUAUGCAACUCUCUACGAUUGCCAAAUGUAUUCGAAAGGAAUAUUCAUAAAUGAUAUUAAAUAAAAUUGUAUUGACAUUUUGUACUUAAUUCA